AUUUGUUUUUAAUUUGUUUUUACUUUGUUGAAUUUUGAAUAUACACACACUAAUUGCUUACACCAAAAGUACUUACUUCACCAUAAAAUAUGAUUCAUGGAUUCUCAUAAAUAUAGUCGAGCUUCAAAGAAUGAAAAAGGAAAAGAAAAAAAGGAUUUUAGUAAUGAUGACUCCAAACUAAGAAGAUAUAUAAUGCUUACCUAUUAUUUGAUUAUUUUACUGGGAAUUCCAAUCUGGUGGAAAACAACUACGUACUAUCGGGCUUCUCUGCCUUUUUAUGAGAUGGAAAAUACCAGAUAUCAACUAGAAUCCAACCUACGAUUUACCCCAACAUUCAGAAUUACGGGUGAUCCAACGGGAAAGUUAACCCAUCUUUCUGACAAGCUCAUAAAUGAAGAACCUCAGUAUUCGUUUUAUAAUAUCCAGUUUGCAACAUCAGAAGCGGCCGACUACGCCAUUUGUUUAGCAAAAUCUUCUGAAAACUCUUGGUAUUGGAAAGGAAGAGAUCUACACUUAAAUUACAAGGAGAAUUUUUCUGAAAAUGAGAUUGCCAUUAUGUUAGUUAAUCGUUUAUAUGAGGUUUUUAGUCCAGAAAUCAUGGAUAUAUCCGCAAAGUAUUCACGGUUGACAUCAAAAAACCUUCCUUUUGAGUUUUACAAUAAGCGGGCAAUUCAAUUUUCUCCUCAAUACCGUAUUCUAUUAAGUUUAUUUUUGGGUGAAGGAUCCCAUGAUCUUAGAGGUUGGGAAAUUGAGAGCGCAAUCGCCAAGUAUUUACAGCCUUUAAUCCAGCAACUUUCUCAAAUAAUGAAUUUAAGCGUAGAGUCUCAGGUACAAUACUUUGUCGACGAUCCACCGGUUUACUUUAAAGAAGGUGAGUACCGAACAGCAUUUGCUGAUUUCCCUAAAGUUGUUAAUAAUUUUGAAAAAUAUCUCUCAGUAAACCCAAAUGUGAGGGAGCCUACUUUACAUUUUGUGUUAUAUGUACCUCCCAAAGAGAUACAGCCAUUAAAGUUGGAAGAUCAAUAUGGUAAAGAAGUUGCAACGAAUUCAAUGCUUUUACCUCAAUGGGGUUCGAUUAUCAUUACAAAUACUAAUAAUUCUGCUUCUAAUUACUUGCAAGAUUCUGACAUGAAGUCUCAGUUUCGUACUAUAUCAAGAGAUCUUCUUUUACUAUUGGGUGUGGAUGAUUUUUUGUCAUUCAGUCUAAGCCCAGUAGUAAUGGAGAGAAUGCUAAGGCAAAGGAUAGCGGAAAGCCUGGUUGGAACGACUGAUACACUCCUAAACCUUGCUAAGCUUAUCAAGUCCAUUGAGAAUAUGGCUGUACCUAAAGAAAUACAGUCAUAUGUGAAGGAGGCUUUGAAGUCGUUGGAUCUUGCAUACAAUACCCUUUCAGAGAGGAAAUUAAAUCUAACUCUUUCCCAUAGUACGAAUGCGUUUGAAAAGGCACAAAAGGCCUUAUUUCAUUCAAGUAUGGUAACCACUGUUUAUUUUCCUGAUGAAUCAAAGUAUGGAAUAUAUGCACCCUUAUUUGCACCUAUUAUGAUUCCCCUGAUACUGUCGUUAGUUAAAGAAAUUCGUGGAGCACUAAAAUCAAUGCUUGGUUCUUUUCGAAGACGAAAGGCAUCAACUAAUGAAACUAAUGAUUUAUAAUUCACCAUUUCUAGGAAAAAUGGCAAUUGUUAAGAAAAUUAUAAUUCGGACUUUAAGUAAUAAGGACAAACAGAUUAUGGUACAGGCAGAAUUGGUAUUGUCUAAGAAAGAAAAAACACAGAAAAUAAUAUAUAAGGGCAUAUUGAGAAAUUAAUAGAA